UUUUUUUUUUUUUUUUUUUUUUUUUUUUUUUGAAAUUUUGUUUACCGACUCGGACUUAUGAUUAAAAAGCCGACUGUUCAUCCGUUCCCGGAUUGAAGGCUAAGCAAAGUGUGCCACAAUGGGCUUGUGGACGUUGCUUGAGGGCUUUUUUCUUCUUGCAAAUGCGCUUGCAAUGCUAAACGAGGAUCGCUUUCUUGGCCCCAGAGGAUGGAGUUUCUCUGAAGUGUCAGGAGGAGGUAGAGCCAAGUCAAUGAAAGGGCAGGUAAUUGGACUCAUCUAUGCCACCCAGUAUCUUAGAUUUCCUCUCAUAUUUUUGAAUCUUGCAAUCAUUCUUGUAAAGCUUGUAUCAGGCUGAUAUUUAGCAAACAAUUCUUACUUUCUGAAACUAUUUAUCUCUAAUCUUACUGUUUCAACUUUCUGAAGUAUUUUUCUUUUUCAAAUAAUGCUUCUUAACAAAUAAAGUUUAUGUAUUUUGAACAUAUUUUUCUUAUGAUGUCUAAGAAGAGCAUGAUGUAUGAUACGAUAGUGGGCCACUAUUAUGUUUUAUCUAUGAUGUUGAAUAGAAGUGGGGAUGAAAAUGAGUUGGCUGA